AUGGCGGUGUAUUGCAAUGAAGUCCGCAAGCUCGAGGACAAGUUCGACGGUUUGGAACUCAACCACGUCACACGACGCUUCAAUGAGGCAGCUGACGAGCUGGCAAAGGCGGCAUCCGGCCGAAAGCCAGUCCCUUACGGCGUCUUUAUCAGCGACCAGUACAAGCCCUCGAUCCGCUACAAGGUGCCAGGAGAGGCCGGCAAUGCGCCACCUAUCCCGGACUCGGGAGCCGACCUAGGAGAGGUCGGCAACACGCCACUUGUCCUGGACUCGGAGGCCGAUCCCUCUGACCCCGAGGUCAUGGAAAGCGACACGAACCCAGCAGAGGGGCCCGACCCCCCACCCGACUGGAGAGCCCCGCGCCUCGAUUUCCUCCUCCGCGAGUUGCUCCCGGCGGACAAGAUAGAGGUGCGAAGAAUUGCCCGUCGUGACAAAUCCUUUGUCAUCAUCGACCAGGAGCUCUACAAGCCGAGCCAUAUCGGCAUCCUGCAACGCUACAUCCCGAUCGAGCAAGAAAAGGCGUUACUGGCCGAUGGCAGUAGCCGACGCCACCCGCACCAAGAACCCUCAUCGGGAACGCCUUCCGACAGGGCUUCUACUAGCCGAUGGGAGUAG